CCACUCAUUUUUAUAUCCUUUCUUGAAUUUAGAAGAAAUAAAUUGAAGGCUAACUACGCCACUCGGUAGCUAGCUAGCUAGCAAGCAAGCACUUUAUGCGCAUGCGUGAUUACCCAGGUGUCAGAAAAGGUCAGAUGUCAGACUGGCUGCCCUGUAUGUCAAUCAAGUGACAAAUUGCAUAGUGAGGAUGGAUGAUAGGCUGACGUCUAUUUUUUUUAAUACCAUGUGAUCAACGCACGUUCGGUCGCUUAGCAACUCGCGCCACGACGCGCGCGAGCUUUGUACCCUGUACCCUGCGGUGGGCGCAGCGCAGACCACGUUCAGUGUGAAACGGUACCGCCCCCGUUGAGAAACCCUGCACUAAACUGACAAGUUGAACAAGGUGGUCAUUAUUCAUACUAAUUCGUUAGCAUUUUAACACUAAGCUCAUAUGCUGAACAAGUUUGGGCUGAUCAUCUCCAGGUCUGGAGAGGAGACUGAGCCUCAUCUCAUUAAUCUCCACCAUGUGUGUUUCCUGUCAGCGGUGACAGAUGACCUGCCCUUCAACUCUCUGCCGCCCUGUGGAGGAGAUGCGCCGUCAAUCAGAGACCAUUUCGGUUAGGAAAGAUGAAGCUGUGGAGGGUGACGCCACUGCUGAUGACGGCGCUGGUGAUGGUGUUUGUGUGUGAUUCUGCUUAUUUCUGCCUCCAGGAAACAUGAAGCGGUGACAUCAGCCUGUUGUUGAGCACCUCUGUCUCCUCACAAAUGAGCUGAUAAUUUAUGGGAGCGAGAGAGCAGGGUUUGGUGGAGGGGAGCAUUACAGCAGUGCAGUACUGGAACUCAUGAAUAUCAUUCUGGCCAGCGUCCAUGUGCAAGGUGAAGGAGACGUGUCUCUUGUCCUGGCAUUCCUCUCCAUGUCGAGUGCAUAAAAACCUCGGACGGUUCAGACUCCUCGGCAUGUGGGCGAUUGCAGCAGACGGGCUGAUUUCAACACAGACGGGGAACUUUAAUUUUCUGUUGUUUGCUCUCCCUGUGACAGAUUCUCCUCCCUCGUUACAAAUAGUUAAGAUGAUGAACAGCUGUUGUGUGUCUGUGUGUGGCCACAGUGGUUUUGGGUGUAGCUCGCUCAAUAUGUAAUACUUUUAAUGGUUAUUUAUUUUGUCAUGUCUCGGGACUGAACCCUCUGUUGGCCUCCUGAAGUAGAAGCGACAGACGAGGGCGGUUGGCGUCCCCUCCACGUCUGCGCUCUUUGGUUGUUGAUGCGUCUGUGCCGGGCCCCUGUUUGUGAGAUAUGACAGGCCCCCGGUGCCCUGGCCCCCCUGUGGGACAGACAUAACCGAAGGGGUGAGCCUGGGCUAAGGCCCGUCACUCACCGAUUGUCUCACUGCUGUCUGAGAGUUGCUGCCCUUUUCCUUCUUUUCUCCACAAACACUGUGAGAAGACAAGUUUAUGGGCAAACAUCCGUUCCCUCCAUUCUGCAGCAGAGGGAUUUGAGUCCUAAAGCAGAGAGAGGCAGCCUGGCUCGUCAUCCCUGCAGUGUGCACUCUGGCAGCAGCUCCUCGCAGAGACAGGGAGAAAGAUUGCAGCGCACCCACACCCACCGAGGACACACAGGACUACCCUUACUCCCCCUCCUCCCUCCCCUCCUGCCUGCCUUCCUCCCUCCCUCCCUCCCUCUUUCUCAUGCUGUCUCUCUUAACUCUGCGCUCAGCGUUAUCACAAGUGCUGGGGUUGUAGUCAGGCUGACGGUCGCCUCUCAUCGGAGCCCCUGAGGAGAAACUUCAAGAAUCUCGUCCCCACGGCUUCCCUCCUGCACAAGGAUGCUGGAGCUCGGACCGAGAUGGCUGAUCUGCUUGUCGGUUCUGUGUGUGUGUCUCUGCCUGCCGAGGGAGUCGAACGCCAGGAGAGCCCCCAAGAUUCCCCGCUGUCCGGCGACCUGCUCCUGCACCAAAGACAGCGCCUUCUGUGUGGACACCAAGGCCAUCCCCAAGAGCUUCCCCCCUGGAAUCAUCUCCCUGACGAUGGUGAACGCAGCCUUUACAACGAUCCCAGAGGGGGCUUUCUCGCACCUUCACCUGCUGCAGUUCCUGCUCUUGAACUCCAACACGUUCACUGUGAUCGCUGAUGACGCCUUCGCUGGUCUGUCUCACCUGCAGUACCUGUUCAUCGAGAAUAAUGACAUCCAGGCUCUGUCAAAGUACACGUUCAGAGGACUCAAAUCCCUGACUCAUCUAUCCCUCUCAAACAACAAUCUGCAGCAGCUGCCGAGAGAUCUCUUCAAACAUCUCGACAUCCUCACAGAUUUAGACCUGCGGGGGAACUCCUUCCGCUGUGACUGUAAAAUCAAGUGGCUGGUAGACUGGAUGGAGAAGACCAAUACUUCUGUUCCAGCCAUCUACUGUGCCAGCCCCUUUGAGUUCCAGGGGCGGCGAAUCCAGGAUCUGGCACCGCGAGAUUUCAACUGCAUCAGCGCAGAUUUUGCGGUUUAUGAGACCUUCCCGUUCCACUCUGUGUCAGUGGAGUCCUAUGAGUUCAGUGGGGAUCAGUUUGUGACGUUUGCUCAGCCUGAUUCAGGGUACUGCACCUUGUAUGUGUGGGAUCAUGUGGAGAUGGUCUUCAGGAGGUUUCAUAACAUCACCUCUCGCUCUGCUGUGUACUGCAAGCCGGUGGUCAUAAAUGACAGUCUCUACAUGGUCGUGGCUCAGCUUUUCGGUGGAUCUCAUAUCUACAAGUGGGAAGAGGACCCGCAGCGCUUUGUAAAGAUCCAAGACAUCGACACCACUCGCGUGAGGAAGCCCAACUUCGUGGACACCUUCCAGCUGGAUGGGGAGUGGUACUUUGUGGUAGCAGACAGCUCCAAGGCAGGCUCCACCAGCAUUUAUCGCUGGAACAGCAAUGGGUUCUACUCCCACCAGUCCCUUCAUCCCUGGCAUCGGGACACCCACGUGGAGUUCCUAGACGUGGGGGGAAAGCCUCACCUCAUCCUGUCCAGCGCCUCUCAGCCGCCGGUGGUCUACCAGUGGAACCGAAGCCAGAAGCAGUUUGCUUUCUUCUCGCAAAUCACGGAGCUGGCUGAUGUGCAGAUGGUCAAGCAUUUUUUGGUGAGAAAGGUUCUUUACCUUUGCCUCACACGCUUCAUUGGUGACUCCAAGAUCCUCCGCUGGGAGGGGCAGCGUUUCAUUGAGAUCCAGACCCUCCCCUCUCGGGGCUCCAUGGCAGUGUACCCUUUCACGGUGGGCCUCCGCCAGUACCUCAUUCUAGGAAGCGAUUUCUCCUUCUCCAGAGUUUACCUGUGGGAUGACCUCACUCAGCGCUUUCAGCCAUUCCAGGAGCUGAAUAUGAGGGCGCCGCGGGCGUUCAGCUUGGUAUCUGUCGACAACAAGGACGUUCUGCUGGCUGCCAGCUUCAAAGGCAACACUCUGGCCUACCAGCACCUGGUGGUGGAUCUCAGCGCCAAGUAGACAUGUUGGAGCCAGAGCGACGGGAGGAGAUUGUGAGCAUUUAUCAACAUGUGCCAAAUAAAUGAGAGACUGCAAAGUGUUUAAGCCAUGUAACUAAAGGUCUGCUGGUUCACCUGAUGUUUCGAGCAAGGCGACUAAUUAAAUUAUUUAUCUAUUUUUAUGCACUAUGUCUUAACGUCAGAAUGAAAUGACGGGAUGAAACACAGCGUCACUAACAAGCCAACAUCAGUGUCAGAUCAGUGCUGCAUCACUGCUUCGGUUCUGCCAACCAAACAUGCAUCCCAGUUAGUUUUCCGAGGUAUUAUACUGCAUACUUUAACAAUGUCAGAACGAUGUGCAUGUGCAUCUGCUGAAUUAUUCACUGGAUCAGAGAGGAUGUUGUAACUGACUGUAAAGCUAUGAUCGUUUUGUAAUUUGCACAGUGUGAUUUUUAUCUGUGACGUUUUGCAUGACACAGUACAAACGAUAAACCUGUGGAAACUAAGCAAUACUUCAAACCCUUGAUUAUGUUUAUCUUUAUAUAUGAACCUAUUUUAGAUUUAAUGUUCAUUCUGCUAUAAUAACAUGGAAUCAGAGCUGGCCUGAGAUGUGAGCAAAACUAAGCAAGGGGCCCCAAAAUGUGAACUUUUUGUUAUAAUUUAAGUUUUUGAAAACAUAUUCCUUGGUUUUGUUAUGGUGCCCACCACUGAAAUGUCCCUUCACUUCACAAGGUGGAAAAUUACAAAAUAUGUGAUGGCACCUUAACACAUGUGGGGUUUAUGUGUAAUUCUUUGUUUGAGCUAUAACAAGGUGAGAGAAUGUAUAUUAAAGUUAUUUUUUAAAAAAAACUUCUAAUGCCAUCUUGUUUUUAAUGUACUGUCACAAACUGUAGUAUUUCGUUGUUGUUAUGAACAUUUGCACAUGAAAACGUGGUGGGGAAGCAGGCGAAAUAAAAGCUUAUGACCUCUAAA